CUUGCCAUCAGUCUCCGCAUCCAAAAAGCCCCAGAAAAUGCAACUCUUGUUUUCCAGCAUAUUGAUAUUGGCCGUAGCAUCUUGUGUGUACGCUGAAGCCGGAAAGGAUUCCAAAAACGACGGCCUAGAGAAAAGCUUCCGCGCUGGGGGUCCGGAACCUUCAUAUGACGUCAAGGAAGAAAAAAAUGAAGGCCGUUUCAUUUUCAAAACUGUGUCGGUGACUCUUCAGACAUUGACUAUUACCUCAACUUCAACUGCGGUAUCGACAUGUACGACAUCAACGGGUGGUCUUUCCGUUUGCACUGCUUCCGGACGACGUCGUCGUGGUCUCCAUCUCAGCGGAAACAAGGAAGGACGCGGGCUGUUCUACAACGAAAACGAAGAAGAUAACGAAGAUGGCAACGUUUUCCUACCAUCUGUUAACAAAGUUGAUGAUAAACCUGUUCAAUCUGAGGCUAUUCGUGAAGCCAAAGAAAGCUCUGUUCAGACCGUUCCAUUCGUUGUCCAACCUGGAUUUGACGCUCCUGCUGGCCAGGGCCGUGUAUAUUUAGCUUUUGGCACGUCAACGAUCACGACUACCACUACAACUACUAGCACUAGCACGUUGACUGCUAUUUGCAUCAGCACUACGGGAUUCCAGGUGUGCGGAUCCCAGGGCAAAUAAUUUUUACGCAAAUACCUUUAAAUUUUCCCUGAUUACUUGACAUUA